AUGAGCGCCUUUGCGGAAUGGCAGCAUCCCGCAGCGCAGGUUAGCGUAUCCGACAGUGACGAUGAAUAUCUGCGCGCAACAAGCAAGCAACUGUGCAAGGAUGCAUUCCUCCGAGAGCAGUCCAUGCCGGCCUGCGUUUCGGCCGACAUGGCUACUGCGGUCCAACGUGGUUGCGUCCUGUACGCGCUGCCAACGGGCUGCGAAGCAUACGAAUGCAGCUCAAGGGCCGAGCACUUCCAGACCAUGGACUGCCUGGCUCUCGUCCCACCCGCACCACGAAUUACAUGUAAUACAGUCAAGGCCGCUGCCAUCCACGGCGCGACAUCCACCGCUGCCGGGGGACACGCCCACAGCCUGGGUUCCAAGGUCAGCCCGGGACCAUCAACGGCACCCGCCGCAGCUGCCGCCACAAUCAGCGGUACGAAACCGUGCAACUCAGCCCGGGGGACGGCGGCAGCUGCCAGUCCCCAGGGCUCCGCUACCCCCGCACCUCCUCCAUACAGGGAGGCUCCAGAACCCGCAGCGCGAGAUGAGGGCGUGGAGAUCCUCGUAGGCGAUGACCGAAGGUUAUCCAUCCUCCGUCUGGGUGCUCCGGGCGCCCCCGGCCCACCCCGGGAGGUGUGCAGCUGCACUUUAGAAGCGCACCACUACAGCCUGGCGGUGUCCCCAUGCGGACGCUUCGUGUCAGCAGGCUCUGAGCGCGGCUUUGUCUUCAUUCUGGCCUACAUUCGAGAGGUGGGCGGUGGUGAGGGUGCACCUGCAGAGGCCGCAUGUGCCUCUACACGUACAUCGACAUCCACAACCACGUCUGGCCGGGGACAUCCGCAACCAGCCCAGCCAGCGUCGCUGACUCCCUGCGCCGCCUUCUGCGUCCCGGGCCGGCACUACUGGGGCAUGAACAACAUGGUCCGCUUCGGAUCCUUCGGCGGCGCCACCCGCCUCAUCGUGGCCACCCAGGACCGCGCCAUCUACUUUUUCAACCUGCCUCCCUGGGACGGUUCUGCUGCGUCCCUGCAGCAGUCCUGCCCUCCCCUGGCCUUCCUGUGCACGGGACUGCCGAGAUGGACGGUUGGCUGGCAGCAGCAGGGGGCCGCAGAGCAGCAGCAGCAGCAGCAGGGGGCCGCAGAGCAGCAGCAGCAGCAGCAGGGGGCCGCAGAGCAGCAGCAGCAGGGGGCCGCAGAGCAGCAGCAGCAGCAGCAGGGGGCUGCAGAGCAGCAGCAGCAGCAGGGGGCCGCAGAGCAGCAGCAGCAGCAGGGGGCCGCAGAGCAGCAGCAGCAGCAGCAGGGGGCUGCAGAGCAGCAGCAGCAGCAGGGGGCCGCAGAGCAGCAGCAGCAGCAGGGGGCCGCAGAGCAGCAGCAGCAGCAGGGGGCCGCAGAGCAGCAGCAGGGGGCCGCAGAGCAGCAGCAGCACCACCACCACCACCAGGGGUCGGAAGGAGGACGGGAGGGAGAUGGGAGCCAGCCGGAAGGCAAGCAGCACAUGCGCCAGGAGGAGGGGGGUGACGUGGCGGUGGGGCAUCUACCGCAGCUGCAACAACAGCAGCAAGUCGGGGUUGAGGUGAGACCGGAAGUUGUGGUGAGUUGCGACGCAUACAGCGCAGGUGCGGGUGACGACGGCAUCGGCGAGCACGGUGGCGAUCGCGGCGCUAUCAGUGACGACGACGACGAUGACGACGAUGACGACGACGACGAUGACGAGUACAGCGGCGGAGUUGAUGACAGCGAGAACGAUUGGAUGAGCGAUGGCUACAGCGCCGGCACCGCCGACGCCGGUGUUGCGACGCCUGUCUUGGUCCGUGAUCAGCCCCCUUCCCUCAGCUGCCCCAACGCGGCGGCCUGGAGGUACUGGCAGCGCCAUCCGUCACCUCUUGCCGGGCCGCCGCCCAAUGUUUGUCCGGAUGUUUGCCUGUUGGUGGAACCCAGCGGGGGGGAUGGCCGUCGGAGGGGCGACCCGCAGACCACAUGCAGUGUGAGCGGCUUUCCGUACGCCCUCAAUGCGGCGGUUCCCUCCCCGGACGGCCGCUGGCUGGCGGUGGGCUGCGAUGCGCCCUUGCUGUACCUGCUGCCUGCAGAUCCCGACUACCCUUCCAAGCCCGUGGAGGUGCUGCUGGCGCCCUUGCCUCGCUCCCUAUCUGGGCGCCUUGCAGCUGGUUGCCAGUACAUAGCCUUCAACCCUGCGUGUGACAAGCUGGCGGCGUCUUUCGAUUCCCUUUACUCCGUACUGGUGUACGACAUUCCUCGUCGGCAGCUGCUGUUCAGUUUGGGCCACCCGCAGUGGCGCGCCCCCCUUGCUCUGUGGUUCGCCCCCGGCCACCCGUCCCUGCUGCUGCAUGCGACCGACCGGGAGCACGUGGUGGUGGUGGACGUGGAGCAGCCUAGGACGACUCUGACCCGCAUCACGUUGAAGUCACGAUACCAGCGCGCCUUGCAGCAACGGCAGCAGCAGCAACCCUCCGGCUCCCAUGGAGAGAGUACGGCACAGGAUGGUACGAGUACUGCGUCGGCCUUGAAGUUCUGUGGGACUCGCUCCAGCGCCCCGUGCAGGAACCCCACCACCGGGGAGCUGGCGACCGCCACUGUGGUGAACCGACGGCCUCGUAUCAACGGCCUGGUGGUUACCGGGGACCACCGGCUGCUGGUGGGGACCAAGGUAUGCGCCCGCGAGGAGCUCCUCAGCUUCCAGCUGCUACUGCCGAACAGCCCAUGGAGCCGCUGCGUGCACCGUCAUAUGCCCGACGGUUUCAAGGCCGCCACACGAACAUUGCUGUUGUCGUCCAGGUCACGUGAUGGCGGCGAUUGCGCCGCGGCCGACGGUGCAACCGUAGCUGAUGCCGCGAAGCAGGAGCCUGUUGUGGACGACGGUGCCACUAAGGAGGCUACCGUGGCGAAGGCUUCGCAGGGUUCGCGACCCACGGGUCUGUGGAGUCUGCCGGGUGAUGCUGUGGAGGCUAUCAUUGCGGUGGCAGCAAAGGAUCGACUGGCAUGGGUCCAAACGGACGCGGCGGACGUAUUGGCGUAUCCAUUUCUGGACAUCUGGGACGUACCCGGGAAGGCGCCGACGGCGCUCAAGGGGUACUCGAGGGGGCGCGGGGCUGGCGGGUCGACUUCAGCGGCUGCCACGUAUGAUGGUGAUGAUGAUGACGCGGCGGAGUGGGACAGUGACCCGUGGGACACCUGGCACACGCCGCUGUAA